AUGUUUGCCCAGAAGUUGUCGUUAGAAGCCAGUCGGCCGAAGCUCAAACACGAGCAUCCAGAAGAACACAUCUUGCGCCCAAAUUUACAAUGCGCUGGGCCUGAGCUGGACACAAAUCCCUCAGUCGAGGGCAUACGGCACUACCUCGUCGAGCUACCCCCGCCAUACACCAACACCGACUGCAUUGGGAUCCGGGAGGCGUUGCUGCACAACAGCCACGAGGUUGGCUUCAGAAAUAAGCCCGCCCUGAUUCGGACGGCCACCUGCAUGAUGCGCAAAUGGCUGGGUUCCGGCAAGAUUUACAACUAG